CCACCGGCCAGCCCAGGAUGGAGAACUUCCGCAAGGUGAGCACGUCGGAAGAGGAGAGCCCCUUACCCUUCCCGGAGCUGCCGCCCAGCGUGGUGGAGAUGAAGGUGAAGGAGGGCAGCAAGAUCCGCAACCUGAUGGGCUUCGCCUUGGCCCACAUGGAGCACAAGGGCAGCCGGCAGAUCGUGUUCAGCGGCUGUGGCCGCGCCGUCACCAAGACCAUCACGUGCGUGGAGAUCAUGAAGCGCAAGCUGGGCGGCCUGCACCAGGUCACCAAGGUGCGCUACCAGACGCUGCGCGAGGUGUGGGAGAGCGCGGAGCCGGCGCCCGGCGGCACGCCGCACCACCUCACCGUGCACAAGAACGUGCCCUCCAUCUGCAUCCUGCUCUCCCGCGACCCUCUGGAUCCCAACCAGAUGGGCUACCAGCCCCCGGAGCCGGCCGGGAGCCCAGGUUUGCUAAUUGACUGA